UUGCAGACACAUCCUUAAAGGGCUGUGUAAUUACAUUCAUAUUGACCAUAUCUUUAUCUCAACAUCAUACAGCAAAUGGUCUUCUAGGUUUCUGUUAACAAUUAUGCCACCACAUUGGUAUCUCUAUAGAAUGUUUGGUUCUUACCUUCUUGUAGUAUAUGUGUUGGUUGUACAGCUUUGACUCUGUAUUGCCUGGCCCUCCAUCCCGGCCAGGGAGCCUGGACUAUCUCUCUAUCGGACAGCCAGGUGACCGUCUCGAAGUUGUCUCCGUUAGCAAGCGCAUCGACCUCUGCACUGUGGACCCCGACCUGUUGGAACUGAUGCAGACCACCUGAGUGGUCGAAGUGGGCGUGGGUGGCGAUAGCCAAAAGGGGGUUCUUUCGCUGCGGGUCGUCUCCAAGCAGACCUUUGGAGUUAAUGUAGUCAGGUCAUAGCGUGUUGGAAGCAGCAGCCCACUCAUAGUGCAGACAUGGCUGGUGGUAAAGGCCGUGGUAUAGCUGCCUUCAGCUUCAACAUCGAAUCCCUGGGCCUCAGCAGGGGGAAUAUGCCUCAGACCAGAGAGGGGCCCAACAAGCUGUAUCCAGAUGUGGAGUUCAAGCCUGUGCCCUUGAAAGAGGGAGAAGAUGAGGACUACAUGCUCGCCCUGAAACAGGAGAUAAGGGGAACCAUGAGACUACUACCCCACAACAUCAAGCCUCUGGCUGGGAAAGGAGAUGUGGAAAGAUACAAGGAGAGGUAUCAGAGGCAAAACAUGUUGGAUGAGGAGUGGACUCCAGACUGGCAGCUUUUUCCAAAAGAGCUGAUGCCUCAAAAGAAAAAGUUGAAUGUAAAACCAGUAGGCGCAAAGAAGAAACCCAUAAAGGUGUCAAGCAAAGAAAAAGCAGCUGUACUCAGUAAAUUAGACGAACUUGAAAAGAAAGAUGAUGUAAAGUCAGAUGAGGAGAAAGAAGAAAAGAAAACGACAGAGGAAGGAGAGGAGGAAGAAAUUGAAGGAGAGGAGUUGGAGGAGGAGGAAUUAGAAGAGGAAAAUGACUACAUUGCCAGCUACUUUGAAGAUGGUGAUGAUUUUGGUGCCGGCAGUGACGAGAACAUGGAUGAAGGAGCCACAUAUUAACCUCAACUGUAUGGAUGUUAUCUCAAGAGCAUACAGUAUUUAAAAAGCCAGAAGAAUGUUGACU